AUGGCCAGCCGCAAGCAUCAAGGAGUCAUUUCUGGUUCCCUGUACUUCAACAAAAAAGAAUAUGUAGAAAUCUUCGACAAGGAGUACAAGUAUCUUUACGGAUACAUCGACGAUCUCUUUGUGAGUUGUCGAUACAAUAUUUCUAGCUUUUUCAUAUUUUUUCAUGUUCCAGGUCAACUAUGGCAACUGGGUCGAGUAUAAUAUCGUCGAAGCUCCGACGGGUCACCCGCAAAACUGUCGGUACCUUGCGAAAAACAUUUGCUACGUGGACGGGAAGAAGUCGAUGGCGCCGACAAGCGACGAAUUCCGAAGCAACGAUAUGAACGUGCGCGACUAUAACAAAGUGGAUUACUUCGAAUAUGAAACGAAUGAUAACGUCUUGGCUGUCAGUUUUGUGUCAAUCUCUCGAAAUCAGGGCUGGGCAAUUGGCCGGCACGGGCUUUUCGUUGGCCGGCCCUUGACCUGGACUUUUGAACCACAUGCAAUAUUCCGAUCGGACCCAAACUUUGCAGGCUUCUUGGACAUGGGUUGAAGCAUAUUGAGACCAAGUUUCAGCCCGAUCGGAUUAUUUGGUCCCGAGAAAUGUGGAUCAUUGGCCGAAAUUGACCGGAAGCCCGGGCUUUUUGGAAAAAAUCGGCCAAUGAUCCACAUAUCUCGGGACCCGACGAUCCGAUCGGGCUGAAAUUUGGACCCAAUGGCCCUCAAUCCAAGUCCAACAAUCCUGCAAAGUUUGGGUCUGAUCGGAAUGUUGCAAGUGGUUCAAAAGUCCAGGUCAAGGGCCGGCCAACGAAAAGCCCGUGCCGGCCAAUUGCCCAGCCCUGCUCGAAAUACCGUUGGAAAUUUCAGCACAAGAGCACUAUCCAAAGAGAUCCUGGUCGUCACAACCAAUAUUACAACAACUACUAUGGCGACGUCAUCGUUCCCGCCGAUGUUCACCGCCGUCUUCUCGAGCAUAGAAUCGACAAACUCGACGUUAAAAUGAGUUUGAUUCCAUCGAGUGAAUACACUUCCGGUCCUCACUGGCAAGUCGUCCAUUACAUUCACCAAGGAAAACUGUAUAGUAUUAAUGGAUAUGUCUGUGUGCACUUGGCAGAAUUCUAAUUUCAAACCAAUUUCUGCAGCUCUCGAUCACCGGACAUGUGCUCCGAGGACCAGGCGGCGUCGUCCGUAACCGCUCUGAAGUUACCGUGGCGCCGGAUGCUCUUCGUCCACGCAAUGCUGUCUCCUCGUUCGGAAAUGCUCCAACUGGCUCCAGAGGACUCGGAGCACUUGCCGCUUCCCGCGGAUUCGGUUCUUCGCCGCGUGCUGAGCGCCUUCCGAUUUCUCCGAUGCAGGUAAACAACUUAACGUUCUCACACGUACCGGUAAUUUCAGGAAAAAGUGAAGCAAAGGCCGCUGGUGAAAACCGGAAUUCUUGAGGCCAGUCUCGGUUCGUCAAGAAUGAGCAGGCUGAAAGCUGCUAACGCUGACGAUUCGUUUUGGGGUGACGCUCACGGGGAAACCACUGACCCGUUCAAUAGAGAGCUUGCGGUACUAACUUCUUGUUAUCAACGAAAUCUACACCUUUUCCAGGACUCUAUAUCGCAAACAACCGUGCACUCCGGCCGACUCACUCUCAACUCUACCACGAUGACUACUGAGCACGGAUUCGGAGGAGGAAGAGGAUUCGGUCGUGGCGGCGGCGGAUUCGGAAAUGGAGGAGGAUUCGGAAGACGUGAACCUAUCGGUCUUGCUCGCUUCGGAAACGCCCAAUUCUGA